AUGCCCGGAAAAUUGUCAGCCCUCCGGGGAAAGGAAUUUCCGGUCACGUUUGCCGGCAGCAAGAUUUACCGGUCACGUUUUCUGAGUCAACUUGACAAUGUGUGUGAAGUUGUGUUUUCUCGUUUAGCAAUUUCUUCUCAGGAGGUGGGUAUCGUUUGUAGUUUGGAGCAUAGUAGUCACAGUGAAGUGAAGAUCUGGUGUUAUCUCUGGCAAGGUCUCCAAAAUCAAGGGUGGUGUCUUGGAUGGGAGGAGAAAACCUAUCGUGUUUCUAGCUGCAAUCUUUCACUCCUGCUGCACGUCAAAGGACCAUCGGCUGGGUGUACACGUGGUGUGAAAUCAAAUACUAUUGGAUAUAAAAAGUUUUCAAGACCCCUUAAGGCUGUUAUAAUAAAGCUGGAUACACAUAUCUGGACAAAGAGGGUAAAGUAUCUAGCAACUUUGUCCUUGGCAUGGCUUCAAGGAGAAUUUUUCUGUCUGCUAGCCUUUAUGUUUGCUGAGGAUCAAUUGAGCUUUGACAUGAUUGAAACAUUGCAUUGUUUCAUUUAGUGGGCUCGCAAUUUUACAUACAAUAUCGUUUUCUUAUGACUCUCAUUACGUACUUCCUACCAAAUUCAUGGGCUUUUUAGUCUGCCUAUGUUUACAGUCACAUGUUAAUUUAUUGGCCAUGCAAAUAAAGA